AUGGACAAGUUUGUUGUAAAAAAACCACGAGUGUCCUCCGAUAAUCAGUCACUUGAUCUAGAGCAUGCAUGUGAUAAUAAUGCUGAAAUUGAUCCUAGCCCUAGAGAUGGUCAAACACAGACAGAAAAUAAUGUUGGAGGUGAAGAAAAUCGUGAUAACACUGAGGCUAGUAAUAUUGACGGCAAUUUGAAUACUUCGCCUACUGCGGAUGUUGGUGAUUCUUUUCAUCUUGAUAUAUUUGAUCCAAGAAAUUGGGAUUCCCUUGAUUCUCAGCAAAUUGAUAUUUUAGCAGAAAAGGGCCCUCAAAGGGACACAUUAUUUAAGAAUGGUCGCAAGGAUAAAUAUAAAAGGAGGUUUUCUGCACUAUUCUACACUAGAAUUCUAUCAAAUGGAGAGCAUCUUGGCACUAGACUGAAAGAGCAUGAGACAAGUGCAGAUCAUGUUUUGAAUAUGACCACUUGGUAUGAGUUGCGUAGUAGACUGCUAACGCAUCAAACUAUUGAUAAAGCCGCGCAGCGACAAGUAGAGAGUGAAAAGGACCAUUGGAGAAAGGUUUUGUUCAGAAUUGUUUGCAUUGUAAAAUUUCUUUCCAAGCAUAAUCUAGCAUUUCGUGGUACCAAUAGCAAAUUGUACGAAGAUAGCAACGGAAAUUUCUUGGGUUUGGUUGAGAUGUUGGCUGAUUUUGACCCGGUUAUUCAGGAGCAUGUUCGUCGUAUUACAAAUGAUGAAACUCAUGCACAUUAUCUUGAUCAUAAGAUCCAGAAUGAGUUGAUACAUUUGCUUGCUUCUGCUAUUAAGUCUGAGAUUGUUAAGAAAAUAAAGAGUGCAAAAUAUUUCUUUGUCAUACUUGAUUGUACCCCUGAUGCAAGCCAUCAAGAGCAAAUGUCUAUAAUCACAAGAUAUGUGGAUUCAUCUUCAAGUCAUGUUUGCGUAGAAGAAUCAUUUUUAGGAUUUUUAGAUGUAAAUGAUACGACUGGGCAAGGGCUGUUUGAAGUGCUAGAGAAUGAACUAAAGCUUCUUGCUCUUCAUAUAGAUGAUGUUAGAGGACAAGGUUAUGAUAACGGGUCAAAUAUGAAAGGAACACAUCAUGGAGUCCAAAGGAGACUUUUGAAUGUAAAUCCUCGAGCUUUCUAUUGUGCUUGUGGUUGUCAUAGCCUUAAUUUGACACUUUGUGAUAUGGCCAAGACUUGUGCUAAAGCUAAAGACUUCUUCGGAAUUAUCCAACACAUAUAUACUAUAUUUGCUAAUUCUACUAAGAAGUGGCAUAUUCUAAAGGAGAACAUCACUGGAUUAACUCCCAAGUCAGUGUCAGCUACACGUUGGGAGAGUCGUGUUGACAGUGUUAAAGCUAUUCGACUUCAAUGUGCAGAGAUUCGGGAGGCCCUACUUCAGGUAGUUGAGACAGAUAAUGACAUAAAAACGAGUAGUGAAGCUAAAGGUUUGGCAAAUAAUGAACUUGGAGAGUAUGAAUUUAUAGUAGCAAUAGUCAUUUGGUAUGAGGUAUUGUAUGCUGUUAAUUUAGUAAGCAAACACUUGCAAGGGUAUCGGGAUACUGGUUUUGUAGAAGCAUUGGAGACGGCCAAAGCAAUUGCACUUGAUAUGGAUGUUGGUACAACAUUUCGUAAAAGAAGGGAAAUUAAAAGAAAGAGACAUUUUGAUGAGAAACCAGAUGACACAAACAUUGCCACACAGUCUGCAGAGGAAUCAUUUAGAGUUCACUAUUUUGUACGUAUUGUUGAUCAAGCAAUUAGCUCACUUACAAGCAGAUUUGAACAAUACGAGGGUUAUCAGAAAAUAUUUGGUUUCUUAUUUACCUCUGAAACAUUGCAGUCCUUGGAUAAGAAGAGCUUGAAAACUUCUUGUGAUAAUCUGGAGGUUGCUCUUACAAAGGAUGGAAAAUCUGACAUUGAUGCCAACGAACUGUAUGUGGAGUUGAUGUUUCUUCAAAAUUUCAUCCCAAAAGAAAAUAUUGGGCCCGUUGAAAUUUUAAAGUUCUUAAAGCGGCAUGAUUGUUUUCCCAAUGCAAGUAUUGCAUAUAGAGUUCUUUUGACCAUCCCUGUGACUGUUGCAUCAGCAGAACGGAGCUUUUCAAAAUUGAAGCUAUUGAAGUCUUAUAUGCGCACUACCAUGACACAACAAAGACUUACUGAUUUGGCCACAAUAGCUCUUGAGAGUGAAGUAUUGGAGAAGAUUGAUUAUGAGGAUAUUAUUGAAGAUUUUAUUUCAAGGAACACUAAAAGAAUGAUGUUAUUUAAGUGA